ACCAUACAUGACUGCGCAUGCGAUUUGUAAACUUUUCAAUAUGGCUGCGCCCAUGAGACACAUGUCUCGAAAAACCGAAAAAGUGUACUUUCCUCUAAAAUCAGGUGCAAGUUUGGUUAAGACAAGACCAGUUUUUUCCCAUGAUCAGAAAUGGCUAUUUGUUUGUUCCGGAUUAGUGAUAAAAGUCUGCAGUAUCUCAAGUGGAGAAUGUGUGCGCGAGUUAUGUGGGCACAGAGACUAUGUCACGGGCAUUGCAGUACAUCCUAAAAAUAAACUUCAGCUUGUAUCAUGCUCCUUGGACCAGAAGAUCAUUGUUUGGGACUACACAGAUGGUGUAUUAUUGAGGGAGAUACAUCAAGACAGCAGAUUGCAUGCAGUAUACACAAUCAAGGGAGAUAACAAACUCUACCUGCUGCAGCAAAAUUCACAGAACAAAACAGCAUGUGAUCUCGUGACACUCUCGGUGUCAAAAAAGACAGGGCCACUAAAAAGCAGGUGUAUUUUUUCAAACUGCUCAUCAGAUUGCCGAAAGACCAAUAUAAGCCCAAAGGGCUCUUACUGUGUUACGGUGAAGGGAAGGGAUCUGACCGUGAAAAGUAUGUCAACAUCCACAACAGGCAAACCUGUGAAACACAAGGUAGACAGGAACCAGGAGUUCACCUGUGUGAUUGGUCAUCCUAAUGGUCAGUGUGUAGCUACAGGAUGCAAGGAUGGAAAGAUUUACCUCUGGUACAACUUUCUACAGGAAGAUAAGGCAGUGAAAUCUGUGUUACAUUGGCAUUCUCUACCUGUCAGAGACCUCUGCUACACACAGGAAGGUUCAUACCUUCUUAGUGGAGGUCAUGAGUGUGUGUUAGUAAAGUGGCAUCAUGAUUCAGGGUACAAGGACUACUUGCCGAGACUCGGAGCUCCGCUCAAUCACAUAGUGUGUUCCUCGGAUAAUCUUCUAUAUGCUACAUGUUAUGAUGAUAAUGUGAUCCAGAUAGUGUCAAGUAAUUUUGACAUAGAGAUGGUGUAUCAAGGUCUAACAAGGGGCCACCAUGAAACCAGAACCCGCGACCCAUUUCCUAUUGGCAUGACAUAUGACCCUAAAUCCCAGACCCUGGUUCUCAAUGGGAAGCCGGGACACAUACAGUUCUAUUCUGUUCACGAGGACAAACAGCUGUAUAAUCUAGACAUAGUUUGCCAGAACUACAUCUCUCCAGAGAAUUUAGAGAAGCCAUUGGAGAUAACAGAAGUGAUACAAGCAGACUUUGACAGUAAUGGGGAGUGGUUAGCAACUGUAGAAUAUUGGAAUGAUGGGGUCAUGACCCCAGAGAUGAGGCUUAAAUUUUGGCAUUUUAGUGAGGAAAAACAGAGUUUUGUUCUCAACACCUCUGUUGAAAUGCCACAUGAGGAAAAGGUUCACUCACUUAAGUUCCGUCCAGUUUCUUCAACAGCAUCUUCAGGUAUGGAACAUAUGGCAGUGACAUCAAGCAGCGAUGGGAAAUUCAAGAUCUGGCUGUUGGUAGAUGAUACAGAUAUAUACAGAACCAAUGAGAAGUGGAUUUGUGAGUCAGUCGGGUUUUAUCGGAACUUGCCAGCAGGUGAAGUGGCUUUCUCUGAAGAUGGAUCCUUACUGGCAGUGUUGUUUGGAUCUUGUAUUACUUUGUGGAACCCAGAGAAUAACCUCUUUAAAGAAACAUUUCAAAAUACGAUGUACCAGGACCCUGUAAGGCAUGUAAUGUUUGGAAAUCAUGGAAGCAGUCACUGUCUGGUUAGUACAACAGACAAAACAUUGACAGUAUGGAGUCUUAUAUCUUGUACAGUGUUAUGGAGUGCUUCAACACAGGUCAUUUCUCUGUGCAAGGAUCCUUUAACAGAUGUUAUUGCAGCAUUUACAAACUCUAAUGACUUAUUUGUGUUCAGACCUAGUGACCCCUCACCUGAGUUCUCCCAUUCUGGAGUUAGUAAUAGUACAGUACUUAGUGCAGCGUUUGUACCUCACAUAAAGAAGAGGUUAUAUGAAAAGACAACUCUGUCAUGGCAGGCUCAUUCAGAGUUAUAUUUCAUGAAUAAAGACCAAGAACUGUUGGCUGUUUCACUUGAUGCAGAUACUAAAUUAGCGAAAGAGAAAGAAGAUGUUGUAACAUUUGAGCAGAACUUGCCACAGUCUGCCCUCAGUCUACUGAUGAGUCACCAUAGCAACAAGAGUAAAUCACUAGCUUCAUCAAACAGAGUUACUAGGCAACCAGAUGGGAAAUUUAUGAAAGAGAUCUUCAGCUCAGCUUCCCAUGUGCAGCCAUCAGUUAAUACAUUGUGUAGACCAUUUAUACAAUCUUUGAUGAUACCAUCACACGAAAGAAGACAACAACAAGAAGAAAAAGACAGUGAUGAUGAAGAUUUGUCUGAAGAUGAAAUGACAUUUGGAACACACCAGACUGUGUCUCUGGACUCCGGUCUGGAUUCUGAUAUGGAAGUAGAUACACAAGAGUCACAGUCAAGUGUAGAUAUAUAUAGCAGCCAAUCACAGCUUGAUAGUGACUCAGAUGAAAAUGACUCAGCAGCUUUGAGAAAGAAAAAGAAAGUUAAACGAGAAGAUGAAGCUGUUACUACAGUUUGUAAAAAGCUGGACAAAGUGAAAGUAUUUGAGGAGAAAGUUACUGAUAAAGAUCUAGAAAAAAUAUUUGCCUCUGAUUUAAGUUGGUAUACAUGUCAGUUAAAAACAUAAACCCUUUAAGAAUUGAAUAAAUGAUAUAAAAAUGAUA